GCGCUAUUAACGUUGGUGACACUGCCAUGGCAACCACGACGUGAGUGCACGCGAUGAGAUGCUGGCGCUCGUGAAGCACCGGUAACGCUUCCAGGACUUCUUUUUAUCUGUGGGUCUCGAUAAAAGAAGAGCAGCGAGAUGUCCCUGUUUAAGGCUCGGGAGUGGUGGUCAGCCGUGUUGGGGGAGGGUGAGGAGUUUGACCAGGGCUGCCUUUGUGUAGGAGAUGUGGACAACAGCGGAAGUGGCUACGAUAAGGUGGUGGUGGGCAGCUACAUGGGAAUGCUGCGGAUUUUUGCCCCCCAUGCCACCAGGCCAGCUGAGCAGAGCGGAAUGGGCGCUCAGUUGCUGGAGGUCCAACUGCGGGACCCCAUCAUCCAGGUGGAAGUUGGCAAGUUUGUCUCGUGCUCAGAGCUGCUACACUUGGCAGUGCUGCAUCCUAGAAAACUGUCCAUCUACGCCAUGUCAGGUACCUCUGGAAACGUGGAACACGGGGAUCAAUACCAGCUCCGACUGGUUUACGAGCACAACCUGCAGAGGACAGCCUGCAACAUGACCUACGGCCCGUUCGGAGGGGUGACCGGACAUCACUUCAUUUGCAUCCAGUCCAUGGACGGCAUGCUGAUGUUCUUCGAGCAGGAGAGCUACGCGUUUGGACGCUUCCUGCCUGGAUUUUUACUCCCAGGGCCUCUGUGUUACUGCCCCCGAACUGACGCCUUCAUCACCGUCUCUUCCUCCCGUCAGGUGGAGUGCUACAGGUAUGAGACGCUAGCGGUCGCUACGGAUGCUGACAUCAGACAGAACUCGGAACAGCAAAGCAAGAGCUCUGGGAAGAGGCUUACGGCUGAGUGGACACUAGUGUUAGGAGAGCAGGCGCUGGAUAUCUACGUCCCCGCCGUCUCUCCCUCAGUCUCCUCCAUCUUCAUACUUGGGGAAAGGAACCUGUUCUGCCUCCGGGACAAUGGCCAAAUCCGCUUCAUGAAGAAACUCGAGUACAACCCCAGCUGCUUCCUUCCCUAUGCCUCAGUUUCCGAGGGUACAACCAACGUCCUGCUGGCUAACCACAACAACAUGCUGCUUGUGUAUCAGGACACGACGCUGAAGUGGGCAGCUCAGCUCGCCUGCGUGCCCGUGGCCGUACGCGUCGCAAAUUUCCCGGAACUCAAAGGCCUGGUGGUGACCCUGAGCUCUGACGGUCACCUGCAGUGUUCCUACAUGGGCACGGAUCCCUCCUUCUUCACCGCACCAAAGGUGGACUCCCGGGAGGUCAACUACGACGAGGUGGACACUGAGAUGAAGGCUCUCCAGAAGGUCAUCCGCGAAGCCACCAGGAACCAGGACAUCAUCCCCAAAGCUGAAGCGGAGGAUGACCUGACGGUGACGGCUAUUGUCUCCACCCACCUGGAUGAUAUCUCGCAAGCCGUUAUCCCGGAGAUCAAUGGCAUUGCUGUCCCUUCUGUUACAGUCAAGAUUAAAGUGACCAGCCGUUUUUCCGUCCAGAGCGCAAAGAUGAGUGUGUGUGUUCAGCCGCCUCUGGCCGUCACUCAGGACCAGUUUGUAUUAGACUCUUUAGGGAGCGGCUCUCAGGUAGCAGUGACAUUCUCUGCUUUUCUGAACGGCCAGUACACACCAGCUGAUCUGACCGGUGACGUGGCCGUGUCCUACAGUUCACCCACAGAGCUGAACCCUGCAGGAGUUCCACGAGUAGCCCAGUGCAAGUUCGCGCUGCCCCUUUGCCUGGUUUGCUGCCCCACCACUGCCUCCAGGAACGCCAAGUACAAGAUCACUGUGGACACAAACAAACCUCCCAUCAACCUCACUGAAGCCUUCCCAGAAUUUACAGAGAAGGCAGAGGAUAAGGAGGGUAACGCCCUAGCCUUCCACUUUAUCGCUGGCUCUCGGGUCACUGUCCUGGCCUCCAAAACAUCCCAGCGUUACAGGAUCCAGAGCGAAAGCUUUGAGGAUAUCUGGCUGGUUGCCAAGGAACUGGUGCAACGUUUCGAGCAGCAUUUUGCCAAGCUCGGAGUCAAAGAUUUCCGCAACAGCUUUUCCGGCCCGAUCCCGCUAGCUGAAUACUUUGAGACCGUGGAUCACCACUUUGAGCUCAGAGUGAACGCGCAAAAGUACCAGGACCUGCUUUCAGAGCGAGCCGUCCAGUUCAGAGCCAUCCAACGGCGACUGCUCACGCGCUUUAAAGACAAGACCCCAGCCCCUUUACAGAACCUUGACACGCUCAUGGAGGGCACCUAUCGCCAGGUGAUAGCGCUGGCGGAUGCAGCGGAGGAGAACCGAGCGUGUUUGGUGCAGGCCUUCUCCAGGUUACGCAGCGCCACGCAUCUGCUCAUCCUCCUGGUCUCUCUUUGGCAAGGACUCGGCACCGAUCAAACCGCUAUACUGGAGGCGACGCUACUGCCGCUGCUGCAAGAUACACCACAGCUGGGCUGGGAGGAGAGCGUGGACGCAGCUGUGUCUCAUCUCUUGAGAACGUGUCUGUCGAGAAGUCCUAAGGAUCAAGCCAUUAGCCUGAGUACGUCCCAGCUGAGCAUGCCCAAAGAUACCUCACGGCUCAAGAAACACAUCACGCUACUCUGCGAUCGCAUCGGCAAGGGAGGACGUCUGUCUCUUUCCUCUGAAGCUAACGCUCCGACACCUGUCAUGAUACCAGCAUGCUGCGAGGCUAUCCCCGAGUCGAUCGCCGAAGACGAGGAAGAAGAUCUGGCCCUGCAACAGGAAGCCACUGAGAAGAUCAUCAAGAAGAAGCAGCCCUCGAAGAAAGCGAAAAGCAAAACAGUUUCAUCAAAAGAAAAGAAAGAGAAGGAUUUAGAGAAGGAGCUCAAAGAAAUCAAGAAGGACUCGAAAGAGCCGAACAAGGAGAAGGAGUCGAAGAAAGAAUCGAGGAGGGAGAACGACUCAGCACUGGAGCCUGAGAAAGAGAAAGUAAAGGUGUCCAAAAAGCCCUCAGUCAAGGCCAAAGAGAAGAAGAAAGAAGUCGGGGAUGGCUGACCAGAUGCAACACACACACACACAUGCACACACACACACACACACACAUUCACCCACAUCGCUUUGGGUGGCUUUUCCCAUUCCCUGCACUGAAGUAAGUACAGGCUGAGCAUCGCUGUCGCUGUUUGUUAGCACUAGUGUUCCAGCAAGACCACAGCAUCUGUCGUCUGUGUCAUCAUCAUCACAGUGCCAGAGACGCGAGAGCGUUACACCGUGAAGCUUCCUCUCAGUCAAGGAAACAGCAGCAAGUGGGAACCUUUCUACUUAAACUGGGGUUUAUUUUAGAGACAGCGAUCAGGGAAUGCAGGCUGAAACCCACAGUGCUAACCAAGCCACCCACGCAGGGCCAGCGUGACGUCUAACUCUAACCUCUCUCUCUCUCUUUCUCUCUCUCUCUCUCUCAGCCCCCUCACGGGCAACACGCCCUACCAAGCCACCUCCCCAUCUCUAAAAAUAACCCGAGUCGAGCCACAGACGGGUCCAUUGAGGUCAUCUCUCCCUCUCUAAUCUCUCUCUCUUUCUUUUUCUUUCUGUCUGUCUGUACCAUCUCCCAACAUACACAUGUAUAUUGUCUGUCCUGCUUCCCUCUCAGUCUUUGUCUCACUCACACACACACAUACACACACACACACACUUGCAGCAGCUGUGUAUUGCUCAGUCCAGACUGUAGACAUUGUAGUCAGCAUAUUUGCUGCAGCAAACUAAGCAGUGACAAUCCCACGCCAAGGCCCGGCGGGUUUCAUGCGUCUGUCUUUUUCAUCUGUAAUGUGAAGUCGAAUGCGAUUUAAACUCGAGUGUGUGUCACAUUAGGUUCUCUGGAUACCUGGGUACGUUCCAUUCUGGUGAUGUGACACAGUUAAGUCAGGGUUUAGGAAGAGAUUAGGGCCUGACUGAUACAGAGUUUAAGGAGGUUAAAGUUGAUUCAUUUUCUGUCAAGGCAGCUCUGCCAGUUAUUCAUUAUGGAUUAUUUUUCCAAACUUCCAAGUAUGCAAAUGAAGCAGGCAACAAAAAAACCCCAACAAGUUCUAUACAUUUAUCCUUUAAAUUCUUUUGUAGGCGUGGCUAAAGACUAUACCAAAAUCACAGACUAUACCUUUAACAUCAGCUCAUUUUAUUAGAUCUUUCAGUCAGGCCCUAAUUCCUACCCUUUAACCCUUUUUCUUCAGGCAUGUGUUGCUAUUGAAUAUCACUGUGUGUACACUGAUCAUGCAUAACAUUAUGACCACUGACAGGUGAGGUGAGUACCACUGAUUAUCUCCUCCUCAUGGCACCUGUUAGUGGGUGGGAUAUAUUAGGCAGCAGGUGAACAUUUUGUCCUCAAAGUUGAUGUGUUAGAAGCAGGAAAAAUGGACAAGCAUAAGGAUUUGAGCGAGUUUGACGAAGGGCCAAAUUGUGAUGGCUAGACCACUGGAUCAGAGCAUCUCUAAAACUGCAGCUCUUGUGGGGUGUUCCCGGUCUGCAGUGGUCAGUAUCUAUCAAAAGUGGUACAAGGAAGGAACAGUGGUGAACCGGCGACAGGGUCAUGAACGGCCAAGGCUCACUGAUGGACAUGGGGAUCGAAGGCCGGCCCGUGUGAUCCGAUCCAACAGAUGAGCUACUGUUGCUCAAAUUGCUGAAGAAGUUAAUGCUGGUUCUGAUAGAAAGGUGUCACAGAAUACACAGUCCAGGACGGGUCAGGGCUGGUUUGGCAGCAAAAAGGGGACCAACACAAUAUUAGGCAGGUGGUCAUAAUGUUAUGCCUGAUCGGUGUGUGUAUAUGCAUAGCCUCCAUAUACAGCAUCAGGAUCUGUACAGGAUGUCCAAAAAAGAGGUAGGUCCACUCAUUAAAUGUUAGUGAUACGUUUUCUUUUUAGACAUAAGUGCUUACAGCUUGUACACACCAUUUUGCAGUAUUCUGGAAUUAUAUCUAAAUUAUUAUUCAAGAAUACAUACACUACCGCAUAUUACAAGCUAAUCUGUUUAAAAAGAAAACACCUUUCCCUUUACUUUGGAGAAGAAUUCGGGAACUUAGUAAUAGAUGUGUAAAUUAGUGCCAGAGCCAUUUUAGAGCAUGGCCAAGUAUAAAAGCUUUCGAAAUAAAAUAAAGGUUUUGUAUUAUUUUUAUAGCAGCGGCCAAACAGAGUAGAUCAAUGUGUAUUAUAUGGUUCUUAUUGCUACAUGUUCUGUGCUUGUGAACUAAUCAUUCAUGGUGUGUGAAGGACCGCUGAAAUGGGUUGCCAUUAGAAACCAAACCAAUUUUAUAGGCUGUUGUACCACAUGGCAAGAUUUUAUAACAACAGACCCACCUCAGAGAGCCCUUGGGUUUAUGUCAUACCUCAAGCACAUAGUUGUCCUGUUAUAAUUUACUUACCUAUUGUUUUAUAAAGCUGACCUUUAGAUACAUAAUAAAGGAAUACUAUAAUGACA